AUGGCAAAAAUCUUCCAUUACUGUCCGCUGAUGAUCCCACCCAUGUUCCCAUUCUCCAAAACUCUCUUCUUCCUUCUCUUCUACACUCUCUCCAUUAUCCCCCCUCACCUAUGCCAACACCCACUAGACCCACUAACCCCAGAAGAGAUCACGCUGGUUCAAACCAUUGUCCAUAGUUCUUACCCCAACUCAACACACAUCCUCACCUUUCAGUACGUUGGCCUCGAAGAACCACCCAAACCCACUGUCCUUUCAUGGAUAAGAAACCCUUCCAGAAAAAACCUACAUCGCCAAUCCUUCGUAAUCGCCCGUAUUGACCAAACCACUCACGAAAUCAUCGUAGACUUGUCACUCCGUCGGAUCAUUUCAGAUCAAGUCUACAAUGGUUAUGGCUACCCUUUGUUCACUUUCGAAGAGCAAAUCGCAGCCAACCAAUUGCCGUUUCAGUACGCACCGUUUUUGGAGUCGAUUAACAAGAGAGGGCUCAAAAUUGAAGAGGUCGUUUGUGGGAGUUUUUCCGUCGGGUGGUUUGGGGAGAAAAAAAGGUCCAAGAGGAUCGUGAAGGUGAUGUGUUACUAUUUAGAUGGGACUAUUAAUUUGUACAUGAGGCCAAUUGAGGCUAUUUCACUGAUCGUUGACCUUGAAGACAUGAAGAUCAUAGACUUUAAAGAUAGAUUAACGGUUCCAGUCCCAAAAGCGGAAGGAACUGAUUUCAGAGGAUCCAUGCAAACGCCGCCGUUUGGACCGCUGUUGAAUGGGAUCACGGUGGCUCAACCUCAUGGGCCAAGUUUCAGUAUUGACGGACACAAGAUUAGGUGGGCCAAUUGGGAUUUUCAUCUAAGUUUCGAUGCUCGAGCAGGUCCAGUUAUAUCUCUGGCAUCAAUAUUUGAUGUUGAGAAGCACAAGUUUCGUCAAGUUUUAUAUAAAGGGUUUGUAUCAGAGCUGUUCGUUCCAUAUAUGGACCUAACUGAAGAAUGGUAUUAUAGGACUUUUUUUGAUGCGGGUGAAUAUGGGUAUGGUCUGUCUGCAGUGCCACUUGAGCCACUUAGGGACUGCCCAGAAAAUGCAUAUUUCAUGGACGCUUAUUUUGCUAGCCAAAAUGGAAUGCCUGUGCAGAUGCCUAACAUCUUUUGCAUCUUUGAGAGGUUUUCUGGGGAUAUCAUGUGGCGUCACACUGAGACUCUGAUCCCAGGCAAUGUGGUUCGGGAGGUUAGGCCAGAAGUGAGCCUGGUGGUGAGGAUGGUUUCAACUGUGGGCAACUAUGACUACAUAAAUGAUUGGGAAUUUAAGCAGAGUGGCUCCAUCAAAGUCACGGUUGGACUGACUGGUUUGCUAGAAGUAAGAGGAUCAAUAUACACCCACAAAGACCAAAUAGAGGAGGAAGUGUUUGGUACAUUAUUAGCAGAAAAUACCAUGGGUGCACAUCAUGAUCACUUCCUUACUUACUACCUUGAUGUUGAUGUGGAUGGAUAUGCAAACUCCUUUGUCAAAUCCAGGAUGCAAAUGACACCAGUGACUGAUGACAAAUUGCCUAGGAAGAGUUAUUGGAGGGUUGUUAGUGAAACUGCUAAAACAGAGUCUGAUGCAAGGAUUAAGCUUGGCUUGGAUCAAGCUGAUCUAUUGGUAGUUAAUCCAAACAAGAGGACCCAUAUUGGGAAUUUCAUUGGUUACCGUUUGAUCCCUGGAUCAACUACAAGUCCCCUCUUAUCACAUAAUGAUUACCCUCAGAUUAGGGGAGCCUUCACUAACUAUAAUGUGUGGGUUACACCGUAUAACAAGUCUGAAAAAUGGGCAGGGGGACUGUAUGCAGAUCAGAGCAGAGGGGAUAAUACCCUAGCUACAUGGGGCCUCAGGAAUAGGAUAAUAGAAAAUAGGGACAUUGUGCUUUGGUACACGGUGGGUUUUCAUCAUGUACCAUGCCAAGAAGAUUUUCCAGUAAUGCCAGCAUUAAGCAGUGGAUUUGAGCUCCGGCCAACUAAUUUUUUUGAGAGAAAUCCGGUGCUCAAAUUCAGACCACCUCAAUCUGUUCAGUGGCCAAACUGCUCUGCAAAUAGAUGAAGGUUUUAAAAUAGUGGGAUUUUGCUUGAAGUGCACUCAACAUAUCUUUUAUGUCUUUUCUUCCUUCCUUUCUUACUCUUUCCCUACAUUUCUAAUAGGAGUCCAUAUGUUGGAAGUGUUGAUCAUUCUUGGACUUUUGAAAUCUUGAGAGAUGUUUGAACACAUGAAAUUUUUGUUUGAAACUCAAAGUCAUCUAUACGCUUCAAUUUUCAA